GCCUGCACAGCGUGUCCCGGAGGGUGAGCUUCAGGUCCCCCGACGAGUCCGACGUGUUCAUCAUCCCGGCGAGAGGCCACUCCGACGACGACGAUGAGUGGAGCAGUGACGGUGAGCCAAGCAGGACGUGACGUGAACAAACCAAGAAGAGAGAGAGUUCAUGCCAGUGGCAGGUUCUGCAAUAUGAUGAGUGGAGGACCGGACGUGAGUACGUGACACGUCCUGCAGGAUUGUUAGCUGUUUUUCUUGGCAAGAAAACAUGCACAUGUUCAUGUUGCAUUCUUGUUUGUGCGUGUGUUCUUUUUGCCGUGACAUGUAGAGACACCCGUAGACUGCAUCUGCAUCGAUCUCCGGCGUUUCAGGGGUUUAGUUUUGAGUAGUGGCAGCCCACAAAUUCCGGCAGAUCUCCGAGAGUGGAGGAGGAGGUGGCGGUCGCUCCGUCGACGGGCUUCCCUCCAUCACUCUCCUGCUGCCCGUCUUGUGCGGAUCCUGAACAAGCCACCACGCCUCGUCUUGUGCUCUUCUCCUCUCGAUCGCGCAUGUCCUGUCCUGACCUGACCGGCCCAUCGCCAUCGCCAUAGCAUCGGGGGUCGAGCAGCUCGGCGAAAUGACGCAGCUGGGCUGAGGAGAGCGGUCGAUCGAGAGAUCAUCCAUCGGGGUCAGGGACUCAGGGUGUGAGCGAGGGUGUAGGUAGGGUGGGUAAAGAUGGACAAGAUGGAGAGCUACCUGAACGAGAACUUCGGGGGCGUCAAGGCGAAGCACUCGUCGGACGAGGCGCUGGGGCGAUGGCGGAGCGUCGUCGGCGUCGUCAAGAACCCCACCAGGCGGUUCCGCUUCACCGCCAACCUGGGCAAGCGCUCCGAGGCCGCCGCCAUGAAGCGAUCCAACCAGGAGAAGCUGCGGGUCGCCGUGCUCGUCUCCAAGGCCGCGCUCCAGUUCAUCCACGGCCUGCCGCCGCAGGGCGACUACGCCGUGCCCGCCGACGUCAAGGCGGCCGGCUUCGGCAUCUGCGCCGAGGAGCUGAGCUUCAUCGUGGAGAGCCACGACGUGAAGAAGCUCAAGUCCCACGGCGGCGUGGACGGCCUCCUGUCCAGGCUGUCCACCUCGGCGUCCGACGGCCUCGACGGUAGCAAGCUGAUGGCGGCCCGGCAGGAGCUCUUCGGCGUCAACCGCUUCGCCGAGGCGGAGCCCCGCAGCUUCUGGGUCUUCGUCUGGGAGGCGCUCCAGGACAUGACGCUCAUGAUCCUGGCCGCCUGCGCGCUCGUCUCCCUCGUCGUCGGCAUCGCCACCGAGGGGUGGCCCCACGGCGCGCACGACGGGCUCGGCAUCGUCGCCAGCAUCCUGCUCGUCGUCUUCGUCACCGCCACCAGCGACUACCGCCAGUCGCUGCAGUUCAAGGACCUCGACAAGGAGAAGAAGAAGAUCACAGUGCAGGUCACGCGGAGCGGGUACCGCCAGAAGCUCUCCAUCUACGACCUCCUCGCGGGCGACAUCGUGCACCUCGCCAUCGGCGACCAGGUGCCCGCCGACGGGCUCUUCGUGUCGGGCUUCUCCCUGCUCAUCAACGAGUCCAGCCUCACCGGAGAGAGCGAACCCGUCGCGGUGAGCGCCGAGAACCCGUUCCUGCUGUCGGGGACCAAGGUGCAGGACGGCGCGUGCAAGAUGCUGGUCACCACCGUCGGCAUGCGGACGCAGUGGGGCAAGCUCAUGGCCACGCUCAGCGAGGGCGGCGACGACGAGACGCCGCUGCAGGUCAAGCUCAACGGCGUGGCCACCAUCAUCGGCAAGAUCGGCCUCGCCUUCGCCGUGGUCACGUUCGCGGUGCUCACGCAGGGCCUGUUCUGGCGCAAGCUCGCCGACGGCUCCUACUUCAGCUGGACCGGCGACGACGCGCUGGAGCUGCUGGAGGUCUUCGCCAUCGCCGUCACGAUCGUCGUCGUGGCCGUCCCCGAGGGCCUGCCACUGGCCGUGACGCUCAGCCUGGCGUUCGCAAUGAAGAAGAUGAUGAACGACAAGGCGCUCGUGCGGCACCUCGCGGCCUGCGAGACCAUGGGCUCCGCCACCACCAUCUGCAGCGACAAGACCGGCACGCUGACCACCAACCACAUGACCGUCGUGAAGGCCUGCAUCUGCGGCAAGGUGAAGGACGUGAACAGCUCCGCGGAGACCAAGACGCUGCCCUCCGACCUGCCGGCGUCCGUCGUGGCGAUGCUCCUGCAGUCCAUCUUCAACAACACCGGCGGCGACGUCGUGCUGAACCAGGACAGCAGGCGCGAGAUCCUGGGCACGCCGACCGAGGCCGCCAUCCUGGAGUUCGGGCUCGCCCUUGGCGGCGACUUCGCGACGGUGCGCAAGGCGAGCACCCUGCUCAAGGUGGAGCCCUUCAACUCGGCAAAGAAGAGGAUGGGGGUGGUCAUCCAGCUCCCCGGCGGCGCGCUGCGGGCGCACUGCAAGGGCGCGUCGGAGAUCGUCCUGGCGUCCUGCGCCAGGUACCUGGACGAGCACGGCAACGUCGCCGCCCUCGACGGCGCCACCGCGGACCACCUGAGGGCCACCAUCGACAGCUUCGCCAACGAGGCGCUCCGGACGCUGUGCCUCGCCUACGUCGACGUCGGCGACGGGUUCUCCCCGAGCGACCAGAUCCCGACGGACGGGUACACGUGCAUCGGCGUCGUGGGGAUCAAGGAUCCCGUCCGUCCCGGCGUCAAGGAGUCGGUGGCGAUCUGCAGGUCCGCUGGCAUCACCGUCAGGAUGGUCACGGGCGACAACAUCAACACGGCCAAGGCGAUCGCGCGGGAGUGCGGCAUCCUGACUGAAGGCGGCGUAGCCAUCGAAGGCCCAGAUUUCAGAGUCAAGAGUGAGGAGGAACUGCAAGAUCUGAUACCCAAAAUACAGGUAAUGGCGAGAUCUUCGCCGCUCGACAAGCACACUUUGGUGAAGCACCUACGAACAACAUUUGAUGAAGUUGUUGCGGUCACCGGCGAUGGCACAAACGAUGCUCCUGCGCUACACGAAGCCGACAUUGGGCUUGCGAUGGGCAUUGCUGGCACUGAGGUGGCGAAAGAGAGCGCCGACGUGAUCAUUCUCGACGACAACUUCUCCACCAUAGUGACUGUCGCCAAAUGGGGCCGGUCGGUGUACAUCAACAUCCAGAAAUUUGUGCAGUUCCAGCUGACAGUCAACGUCGUUGCGCUCAUCGUCAACUUCUCUUCAGCUUGCCUGAUAGGGAGCGCGCCCCUGACUGCGGUGCAGCUGCUCUGGGUGAACAUGAUCAUGGACACGCUGGGAGCUCUGGCGUUGGCCACGGAGCCCCCCAACGACGAGCUCAUGAAGAGGACUCCCGUCGGAAGGAAAGGCAACUUCAUCAGCAACACCAUGUGGAGGAACAUCAUGGGGCAGGCCCUCUACCAGUUCCUCGUCAUCUGGUACCUGCAGUCUAGGGGGAAACGGCUCUUCUGGAUCGACGAGGGCGCCGCCGACGCCGACCUGGUCCUGAACACGGUCAUCUUCAACUGCUUCGUGUUCUGCCAGGUUUUCAACGAGGUGAACUCGAGGGAGAUGGAGAGGGUGAACGUGUUCCGAGGCAUCCUGGACAACAACGUGUUCGUCAUGGUCCUCGGCAGCACCGUCGUGUUCCAGUUCGUGAUCGUGCAGUGCCUCGGUAGCUUCGCCAACACGACCCCUCUCAGCCUCGCGCAGUGGGUCGCCUGCGUCGCCAUCGGGUUCGUAGGCAUGCCUAUCGCCGUGGCGGUGAAGAUGGUGCCGGUGGAGUAGGCCGGCCUUCAGUGGAGGCAGCCAGGCAGUUUUGGCCGUUGUUGCUUGCCCUCGUCAUACAGACAUCUUCCUCGCUUAUGAUCUAGACUUCUCUGGAGGUCGAGCCGCCAUGGCGAUCGGCUCGAUUCUGAAAAGUGUUGGGUAGAAUCUUGUAGCUUUGAAAGUUUCAGUUUCAGUUUUUUUUUUGUUCCCAGACGUUCUUCAUUUGGAAGUAGUAACUGUUGGCUUGAAAUGUUUAUUACAGAUGUACUGAUUUUUUUUAAGAACAGAACAGGUUUUAUUCAUUUGUUAUUCUACAAAGGGUUCCUGUGUCUUGAGAUA